AUGUCGUCGAAUGCUCAUCCGGGGCUCACAUACGGCGUGAACGGAGUCCGACGCGGCGGCUAUCCACCACCACAAUCCCACACCACAAACAAACCAUCGCCAUCGUCGCUGUCCCAGCAUGCGUCGCCUUAUCAUUCCGUCUACUCGCAGCCUCCUCAGCAGAACGCGUAUCCCCACAGCCUCUUCACGACCCCGACGCCCACCUCGCUCCCCAACAUCCAAAAUGCCGCCCGAUCGCAGCAGCCCCAGGUUACCGCCCCUGUUGCGGUUCCUCGCCAGCGAGCCCCUCCACCGCGAGCCUUCCCACAGAAUCAGUCCAUGAACUACCUCGCCCAGGCUAUGAACCAGCAGUCCAUGGCCCAGCAAUCCAUGGGACAUACGGUGCAACAAAAUGACAACCAUAUUCUGUCGCGACAGCCUCAGGCUCAGCCGCCUCCGCAGCAACAGCAACCACCGCAACACCACCAUCAGCAGCAACAGCAGCAGCAGCAGUUGCACCACACGCAACACCAUCAAUCUCAUCAACACCAGCAGCAGCAUCCACAACAGCAUCCGCAACAGCAUCCGCAACAGCAUCCGCAACAGCAUCCGCAGUCCCAUCAGCAUCAACACCAGCAGCAGUCACAUCAGCAGUCUGCCCAGCAGCCUACUUUGCCGCAGCCCCCGACUCAGUCUCAAAUUUCGCAGGUGCAGCAGAUUCAGCAGCCUCAGCACACCCAACAGAUACAGCAUGCACAAAAGCAGGUACAUCAAUCGCAGCCAAUGACGGCGGUGCACUCGUCUCAGGCACACCACCAGCAGCAACAGCUUCACCAGCCGGUGCUGCAUCAGACACAGGCUCAUAAGCCUCAAAUACUCCAGCAAACAGCUCACCAGGCACAAGUUCAUCAGCCACAAAUACGGCAACCGCAAAAUCACAAGCAGCAUGCUCAGCAGACCCCGCAGCUACAACAACAUGCCCAAACUGCACAGCAGCAGCAACAGCAGCAGCAGCAGCAGCAGCAGCAACAACAACAGCAGCCACAACAACCACAGCAUACCCAACAACACGCCCAACUCCAGCAGCAGCAUUCUCAACAACAGCAGCAGCAGCAACAACAACAACAGCAGCAGCAACAACAACAACAACAUCAACAGCAUCAGCAACAGCAGCAGCAGCAACAACAACAGCAACAGCACCAGCAGCAGCAGCAUCAGCAUCAGCAGCAGCAUCAGCAACAACAACAAAAUCAGCAGCAGCAACAACAACAGCAACAACAUCACCAACAGCAGCAGCAGCAGCAGCAGCAACAACAACAACAACAACAAAAGCAGCAGCCACUGCUACCCCAAGUACACAAAUCUCAAACGCCGCAGCCCCGCCAGGCCCAGCUUCACCAACCCGCGGUUCAUCAACCUACCACUCAACAAGCGUCGGUCCAGGCCAUACCGGCUCAAGCGACCCCACCACAGCCGUCUCCAGCUCUGAUGAAGGUCGAGACUCCAGCCCAGACUGAGGAAGCCCAUCACGAUGACGAGAUGGAGAUAGAUAUCACUGGCGAAGACGACGAGGCAGACCAGUCGAAAGCGGAAGUCCCGUUUGUGCCGCGGGAACCUAUGGGGCCACCUAUGUCAGCACCGCCCGAGGGGGGGAGCUAUCCGACACUUGAUGCUGUGCACAAAUUUGUUCUAGCAUACUGUACUUCUGUUGGGUAUGCCGUAGUAAUCGGGAGGUCCAAGAAGACGGUCCCGGGGUUGAAGAAGGUCCUGUUCGUCUGCGAUCGCGCUGGGAAGCCCCCUAAGAGGGUCAAUCCGGAGCUUCGGAAGCGGAAAACCUCAUCUCGCAAGUGCGACUGUCAGUUUGGCUUUUUUGCCAUCGAGCAACGAACGCAGUGGAUCGUGCGAUAUCGACCGAAUGCACAACAUCUCGAGCACAAUCACGGACCGAGCGAGAGCCCGAUGCUGCACCCCGCAGCAAGGAAGCUUGACAGCAAGAUGGUCGCAUCUGUCAAAGCCCUGAAAGACAAUGGUAUGGUCUCGAAAGCUCGCCGCCAAUCACAAGUCGAGGCUCAAGGUACUGAUACAGGGACAUCAGGCGUGGGCGUGAGCCAAACCUUGGAAAUACUCCAAACCGAGCACCCUCAUGUUCCACUGUUGCCUCGGGAUAUUUACAACGCGCGUGCGGCUAUCAGUCGCAAUCCGGACAAGGUUGCUACCGAACUUGCCGAGAACAAGGCAGCAAUCUACAAACAGCCAACACAGUCUGCUGAUGAGCGAAUAAGGGGUGAUCUGCGCCGCGAACUUGCAAAGCUCAAGGAGGAUUACAGCAAGCUCAAAACAGACAGCGACAAGGAAAUCGAGGAUCUGAAAAAGCAGGUGUCAGAGAAGGACAAGAUGAUCAAGAAGUUUGAAAUGUUUAUCGACCUAUGCAACCAGCGUGUCAUGGUCCAGCGCGAGCUUCUGAACGAUGGCAAUGAAGGGGGAAGCGCUGCCGUCAACAAUUCUCUGGUGUGCACCAUGGAGGUGGUAGCAUCACCUCCUACCGCGAGCCCAGGCACCAACGGGGUCGGGCCGCCGCCAUUCGCAUCGGUCGACCCCGAGAGGGUGAUCGACUAUCUGACAAACCUCCUCGAGAUCGCCCUGGGAGCCACGCGCGAGGAGCUGCAUGCCGAAGGCAGCUUUCUAUCCGAUAGCUUGCGUCAGGACGCUCUGAAAGCCAGCUCACGGUUUGCCAACGACAACCAUGUUUCUCUCCUUAUUCAGAAAGAGAUAGCCGGUGGUGAAAUCACAGAAGACGAUGCGGGGGAACCGCAAACGCCCCGACAUGUCUACAAGAUCGUUCAGGAAAUGUCAGACGCAGCCCACGUAGUUGGUUAUUUGAACAUCCUCAAGCGUCCACAACCACUCGACCCUAGCAUUCCCCUCAGUGCACAGAUACAGAUGUUGAACCUGCCCGGACCGGCAUAUCUGGCAGCCACGACCAGCGAGCAAGGCUUGACAGCUUCGCCCUUUGAGAUUCUUCAGCUCUACCUUCACAACGGCCUGGGCCCAUACUUCGAAGCGAGCAGCAAGAGUCAAAAACACGCCAACAACAACACCAGGACCAGGGUCGAUGCUGACGCCAAAACUGGUAUACCUGUCACCAGAAAGCGCUGGACGGAGCUGGAGCUGAGCUUGUCGCACCUGCUGCAAAAUGUCGAGAUACCUGAGGUCAUCCUCCCAUUGCCACCUGCGGUUCAGUCGGUGCUGGAAGAUGCGGCGUCGCGCAACAUUAAGCCGUCCGUGAGCAUGAUAUCAGAGACCCUUUUGCGCGACAGCCACUUUCUCAACUCCCUGCAGGCCACUGUGCAGACUUGGAUCAAGUCCAUCCAGACAAUCACCAAAAUGACGAGAGACCCAACCACGAGUACCGCCAACCAGGAAAUCAACUUUUGGCUGUCCAUGGAGACUGCUCUGGAACAUAUCGAGGGUCAGCUGCGUGGUGACGGAGUUAUGAUCACCCUGGAUAUUUUGAAGCAGGCCAAGCGAUUCCAGGCCACGGUCAGCUUUUCGGCCGAUACGGGUCUCAAGGAGGCCAUGGAGAAGGUCCAGAAGUACAACUCUCUCAUGCGCGACUUCCCCCUGGAUGAGAUGCUGUCUGCAACGUCCCUGGCAAAGGUUGAGGAAACGAUCAACCAGAUCUUCAUCCAUAUCAACAGGAAGCUGAAGAUUUCCCCAUACCCCAUUCGUAGAGCUCUCUUGCUUGUGGAGAUGAUUUCUGCGGAUUUGGAUGGGGUUCUGCACCGGCUGGUUUCCGGCACUGAACUUGCCGACGUUGACUACCAGCAGUUUGGCUCCAUUAUGAAGAUGGCAGACGCCAUAUUUGCCACGUGGGAUGUCAAUGUCAAGGAUUUCACCGGUGUUUGCCGUGAUAUCAUGCGUCGCCGUAAUGAGAAGUUUGUUCUACUCAAGGUCAACUCGAAGCAUGCAGAGCUUCAGAGUCGCAUGACUUACAUCAAGAACUUCCGCGAUAACCACGAACAACUCCAGCGGACUAUCAGCAGCGUCUUGUCGCCCAAAUCGGCCCCUGAAGGUCUUGCCGUUGCCGUCGUAGACCCUCAUUCCCGUAACACUGAUAAUCUGGAGGAGCUGGGAGAGAUGGACGCCAUUCAAGAGGUCAAGGAAGCCUGGGAGUACCUGAGGAACGUUGACCUCUUGGACGUUUCAGAGGAAGGCACCAGAGCCUGGGCACGGGCGGAGGGCUUGUACAAUGAGAAGACCCAACGAGUUGAGAACUCAAUUAUUGCUAGAUUACGAGAUCGACUGGCCACUGCCAAGAACGCCAACGAGAUGUUCCGCGUUUUCUCAAAGUUUAACGCUCUCUUCGUCCGGCCCAAGAUCCGUGGAGCCAUCGCCGAAUACCAAACACAGCUCAUCGACAACGUCAAGCAGGCCAUUGCCGGUCUUCACGAGCGCUUCAAGGUCCAGUAUGCCCUUUCUGCGGCACAUCCCAUGGACUCGGUCCAUGACAUGCCUCCUGUUGCCGGGGCCAUCAUUUGGGCACGUCAAAUUGAGCGGCAGCUCAACAACUACAUGAAGAAAGUCGAAGAUGUUCUCGGCGAUGGCUGGAAGAUGCAUCACGAGGGAGGUCAGCUCGCCAAUGAAAGCGAUCUUUUCCGCAAGAAACUUGACACCACACUCAUCUUUAACGAUUGGCUUGCUGGCGUUUCCAAGAGAAAGCAUGCUUCAGUUUCCGGUCUCCUCUUCACCAUCAACAAGAUCCGAUCCGCUAAUAACGCUCUUGAUCUCGCCGUCAACUUUGAUCCGCAGGUCAUCGUUCUCUUCAAAGAGACACGCAAUCUCAUUUGGUUGGGAUUUUCUGUGCCCCAUCACGUCGUUCAUUGGGCAAAGGAGGCAAAACGGGUUUACCCAUACGCUGUCAGCCUAAUGGAAAGCGUCCGGACACUGGGCCAGACGAUCCGGCAAAUCACAGAGAUGCCCGAGGUUUCUAUGCUGCUGAACGGGCUUCGCAAUGAUGUGUAUGCCUUAAUCAAUAAGGGAUUGCCCCUCAAAUGGGCUACUUUCGCCAGUUCCCAUGAGCUCUUCUUCAACACGCCAUCGCUCACCAACGGAGCCCCUGACCGGGUGGUUGCCAAGACCGAGAGCCCUCAUGUCCAGUUCGUCCGAGAAUUUGCCGCCAAGGUUUCGAUGCUACAAACCAAGACAGCGACGCUUACUACUGUGCACCAGACGGUCCAGAAGGCUCUCUCUGAGUUGGCUACCUGUCCCUACGACGCCACGUCUUUUGACGAAAAGCUGCAAAUCAUCCAAAAGGGUGUCGACACCCUCAGCUUGGAGCAAUACGUCAACCUGGGCUACUGGGUGAAGAAGCUGAAUCGUCAAAUUAAGUCGAUUCUUCUUACACGUCUUCACCGCGCCAUCCAAGUCUGGAUCGAGGCUUUCGAGGAUGACGUUCCUGAGGGAAGGAGGAAGACGGGGACAGAGGUCACCGACAUGGCAACCGGCGUCCCAUCUAUGCGGAAGCUGGUGCACGAGGUCACGAUGCGCAACCAAGUCAUCUACCUUGAUCCGCCCUUGGAGUUUGCUCGUGCAAGCUGGUAUCUGCAGCUGCAAGAAUGGCUGGGUGUGAUUUGCCACCUGAAAAAGAUCAGGGCCACCCGGUACAAGAUGACCCUGGACACCACAGCCACCGAAGAUCCUCGCUUUGACGACCUACCCAGCGAGUGCGCAAACCAGCUCUCACGAGUUCAGCUAACCGUUGAGAAGAAGCUGCAGGAAAUCAGCAGCUACGUAGAUGAAUGGCUCCGGUUUCAGUCUCUUUGGGAUCUGCAGUCGGAGCAGGUCUACGAGAUACUCGGCGAUCAACUCGACAAGUGGCUCCAGCUUCUUCAGGAGAUCAGGAAGACACGCCAAACCUUUGACACAACCGAGGUCAGCCGCUCCUUUGGCCACAUAACCAUCCACUACGAUCAGGUUCAGACCAAGGUCAAUGGCAAAUAUGACCAAUGGCAGUUGGACAUUGUGAACAAGUUCGGCACGCGCCUCGGUGCUCGUCUCAGGGAAGUCCACAGCGAACUAGAAAAGGCUCGUAGUGACCUUGAAAGCCAAAGGCUGGAGGCUUCAUCGACCGAGCAGGCUGUCCAGUUCAUCACAGUCGUGCAGACCUGUGAGCGCAAGGUCAAGCAAUGGGCUCCCGAGGUCGAGGUCUUUAGCCAAGGAGAGAACAUGCUUCGUCGUCAACGCUAUCAAUUCCCCAACGACUGGCUUCACUCACAGCAGCUGGAGGGUCUCUGGGAGGCACUCAAUGAGCUUCUCGCUCGUCGUUCCAAGGUUGUGCAGGAGCAGUCCGAUGUCAUGAAGGCAAAGAUCAUUGCAGAGGACCAGAUAAUCAGGGACAAGAUUACCGAGGUCGCUAGCGAGUGGAACGACCAGAAGCCUGUUUCUGGCACGAUUGCCCCGGAAGAGGCCUCCAAGACCUUGGCCGCAUUCGAGACUCGUAUCGUGAAGCUGCAGGACCAGUCUAUCAUGGUAGCCAAGGCCAAAGAAGCCCUUAACAUUGAGACCUCGACCGACAACUCCCUUGAUAUGAUCCUAGACGAAGUCAACGAUUUCAAGUCGGUAUGGGCUUCGUUGUCGCUCAUCUGGAAGAGUCUCAAUGAGCUUGGUGAGACCUUGUGGAACAGUGUCCAGCCCAGAAAGAUUCGGUCUGCCAUUGAUGGUCUCAUCAAGAUGACCAAGGAAAUGCCGAGCAGGAUGCGACAAUACGCCGCUUUUGAGCAUAUUCAGAAUAUUUUACGUACAUACCUCAAGGCCAAUAGUCUCUUGAGCGAAUUGAAGUCUGAGGCAGUCCGGGACAGGCACUGGGUUAAAAUCUACAAGCAAAUCAAGCCCAGCAAGCGUUACUCUUCAGUCUCGAUGACGCUCGCCGACGUCUGGGGUUUGAACCUUGUGGCCACCGAAACCAUAAUCAGGGAUAUUAUCGCCCAGGCUCAGGGUGAGAUGGCCCUGGAGGAGUUCCUCAAGCAGGUCAGGGAGACAUGGUCGGGGUACAACCUCGAACUUGUAAACUAUCAGAACAAAUGCCGCCUUAUCCGAGGCUGGGAUGAACUGUUCGCCCAGUGCAGUGAGCAUCUCAAUUCACUCCAAGCCAUGAAGCAUUCGCCUUACUACAAAGAAUUCGAGGAGGAGGCAAGCGCCUGGGAGGACAAACUCAACCGCGUACAUGUGCUCUUCGAUGUUUGGAUUGACGUCCAAAGGCAGUGGGUCUACUUGGAAGGUGUGUUCACUGGCAACGCCGACAUCAAGCAUCUGUUGCCCAUCGAGUCCUCCCGUUUCCAGAACAUCAACAGCGAGUUCUCUGCUGUUAUGAAGAAGGUCUACAAGCAACCUUAUGUCCUGGACGUGCUCAACAUCCCCAACGUCCAGAAAUCACUGGAGCGUCUGGCCGACCUCUUGAACAAGAUUCAGAAAGCGCUCGGAGAGUACCUGGAGAAGGAGCGUGUGUCGUUCCCCCGCUUCUACUUCGUGGGUGACGAGGACUUGCUUGAGAUGAUAGGCAACAGCAACGAUACUCUCCGAAUUGCCAAGCACUUCAAAAAGAUGUUUGCUGGUCUCUCCGGCCUCGUAAUGGAUGACGAGGCCAUAAUCUCUGGCUUCACCUCGAAAGAGGGUGAGGUUGUCCGCCUGAAGAAGGAAAUCUCAGUUCUCAAGACGCCGAGGAUCAACGACUGGCUUGCCCUCCUGGAAAACGGAAUGAAAGCCACACUGGCCGAACUGUUGGCCGAGGCCGUGGAGCAGUACACACCGAUCUUUGCAAGCGAGCAAGUUGACAAGGCUGCUCUACAAGAAUUCAUGGAGGCUUAUCCCAGCCAGAUUGUGGUUCUGGCGACACAGGUGGUUUGGACCACGGUAGUGGAUCAGUCUCUUACUGACGGAGGCAACAAUCUGCAGUCCAUUUAUGAUCGGGAGGUGCAGGUGCUGCGCCUGCUGGCAGACACGGUUUUGGGCGAUCUGGAUGUCCUUCUGAGGAAGAAAUGCGAACAGCUCAUUACCGAGUGCGUCCAUCAGCGCGACACAAUCGAGAAGCUGAUCAAGCUCAACGCCAGCUCUCCCACACAUUACCUCUGGCUGCUACAAAUGCGCUAUGUCUACAUUCCUGAAGGAGACUUUAUACAGCGCCUUCACAUCAAGAUGGCUAACGCCAAACUUGCCUAUGGCUUUGAGUACCUGGGAGUACCAGAGAGGCUGGUACGGACGCCUCUCACCGACAGGUGUUUCCUCACUCUCACCCAGGCUCUCUGCCAGCGUCUUGGUGGAUCUCCAUAUGGCCCUGCGGGAACUGGCAAAACGGAAUCAGUCAAGGCCCUGGGAGUUCAGCUCGGAAGGUUCACGCUUGUCUUCUGCUGUGACGAUACUUUUGACUUCCAGGCCAUGGGCCGCAUUUUCUUGGGGAUCUGUCAGGUGGGCGCUUGGGGCUGCUUUGACGAGUUCAAUCGUCUGGAGGAGAGAAUUCUCUCUGCCGUGUCUCAGCAAAUCCAGAAUAUUCAGUUGGGUCUGAAGCAGGGAGCCGAAGAUGACAAGGCCCAGAUCGAGCUCGUCGGUCGUCAGCUGCACGUCAAUUCCAACACCGGUAUCUUCAUCACCAUGAACCCCGGGUAUGCCGGUCGAUCCAACCUCCCGGACAAUCUCAAAAAGUUGUUCCGAAACGUUGCCAUGUCCAAGCCCGACAAGGAGCUUAUCACCGAAGUCAUGUUGUACUCGCAAGGUUUCAACCAAGCCAAACAAAUCUCGAAGCAAACGGUGCCAUUUUUCGACCAGUGUUCUGCGAAGCUGUCGAAACAACCGCACUAUGACUUUGGACUACGUGCUUUGAAGAGUGUUCUAGUCAGUUCGGGUGGCCUCAAGCGUGCUAGACUCACAGAAAACGAAGGUGAUAUCGGCGCCGAGGAGCUGGUGGAGCCUGAGAUUCUCGUCCAGUCGAUCCGGGAGACUAUCGCACCCAAACUGAUCAAGAACGAUGUCGAGAUCAUGAUUGAAAUCGAGAAAUCCUGCUUCCCAGGCAUUUCGUAUGUUCCCGCGAACCUGCAGAAGCUGGAGGAAGCCAUGCGCACCUUGGCCGAGGAGAGACAUUUAGUGGUCAACGAUACAUGGAUGACCAAGGUCCUGCAGCUGUAUCAGAUCCAAAAGAUCCAUCACGGUGUGAUGAUGGUCGGCAGCUCAGGAUCCGGCAAGUCGGCUGCGUGGAAGCUCCUACUCGAUGCUCUGCAAAAGGUGGAAGGCGUCGAGGGGGUUUCGCACAUUAUUGAUUCGAAAGUCAUGUCAAAGGAGGCCCUUUAUGGCAAUCUUGACUCGACCACUCGUGAAUGGACGGAUGGGUUGUUCACCAGCAUAUUGCGAAAGAUUGUCGACAACUUACGUGGCGAGGACUCCAAGCGCCACUGGAUCGUCUUUGACGGUGACGUUGACCCCGAGUGGGUUGAGAACUUGAACAGUGUGUUGGAUGACAACAAGCUGCUCACCCUUCCAAACGGUGAACGUCUCAACUUGCCCGCAAACGUGCGCAUCAUGUUCGAGGUUGAAAACCUCAAAUACGCGACCCUAGCCACUGUCUCUCGUUGCGGUAUGGUCUGGUUCAGCGAGGACACUGUCACCCCAGGAAUGCUGGUCGAGAACUACAUCAAUACGUUGCAAGCAGUAGCCUUUGAGGAUCUGGAUGAAGACGCAGUCGCUACUGGCCAAAACAGCGAGAAGGCGCUGGCUGUUCAGAAACAAGCUGCCGAUAUUCUCAACGCACACCUCACGACGGACAACUUUAUCGACGAAGCGCUGAAGCAAGCCGAGGGCUUCAAUCACAUCAUGGAGUUCACCGUCGCGCGCGUUAUGAACACUCUGUUCUCGCUUUUGAACAAGGCUGUGAGGGACGUGGUUGAAUACAACUCCCAACACACCGAUUUCCCCAUGGAUCCCGAACAGGUGGAGAGCUAUGUGUCCAAGAAGCUUCUCCUAGCACUGGUCUGGUCUCUCACCGGCGACUGUCCUCUCAAUGACCGUAAGGCUUACGGCGAUAUCCUCGGAGGCCUUGCCACCUUUGGCAACCCCCCGCUGGAUGGCACUAGCUCCCUUAUCGACUUCAACGUAUCCCUACCACGUGCCGAGUGGACUUCUUGGCAAACCGAGGUCCCCCAGAUCGAGGUGAACACCCAUUCCAUUACACAAACUGAUGUGGUUAUCCCGACUCUCGACACAAUCAGACACGAGGAUGUUUUGUACUCGUGGCUGGCUGAGCACAAACCGCUCCUUCUUUGCGGCCCGCCCGGUUCGGGUAAGACAAUGACGCUCUUCAGCGCGCUACGCAAGCUUCCGAACCUAGAGGUUGUUGGCCUGAACUUCUCGAGCGCCACAACGCCAGACCUGCUCAUAAAGACAUUCGAGCAGUAUUGCGAAUACAAGAAGACGCUGAACGGUGUGGUUCUCUCACCCACACAAAUCGGCCGUUGGUUGGUAGUCUUCUGUGAUGAGAUCAACCUGCCCGCCCCCGAUCACUACGGCACGCAGAGGGCAAUCUCGUUCCUCCGCCAGCUAGUGGAGCACAAUGGAUUCUGGCGCACAUCAGACAAGUCCUGGGUGACUCUGGACCGCAUUCAGUUCGUGGGUGCUUGUAACCCCCCGACCGAUGCUGGCCGUACCCCGAUGGGAGCCCGUUUCCUCCGCCACGCCCCUCUCAUCAUGGUCGAUUAUCCUGGUGAACUUUCUCUUCAGCAGAUUUACGGCACUUUCAACACUGCUGUGCUCAAGAUCAUCCCUUCGUUGCGCGGCUACUCUGAGGCGAUGACGAAUGCCAUGGUGAAAUUUUACCUCGAGUCUCAACAACGGUUCACACCCAAGAUCCAGCCUCAUUACGUCUACAGUCCUCGUGAGCUUACCAGAUGGGUUCGUGGCGUUUACGAAGCCAUCCGGCCUCUUGAGACACUAUCCGUCGAGGGCCUGGUACGCAUAUGGGCUCACGAAGCCUUGCGUCUCUUCCAGGAUCGUCUGGUAGCUGAAGAUGAGCGUCAAUGGACCGAAGAUGCAGUGCGACGAAUCGCGCUCGACUUUUUCCCAACCAUCGACGAGGAGAAGGCGCUUGGUGGACCCAUCCUGUUCUCGAACUGGCUUUCAAAGAAUUACGUGCCUGUCGACCGUGAACAGCUUCGCGACUUCGUAAAGGCAAGACUGAAGACCUUCUGUGAGGAGGAGAUUGACGUUCCUCUCAUUCUAUUCAAUGAUGUCCUCGAGCAUGUCCUUCGCAUUGAUCGGGUCUUUAGGCAACCUCAGGGCCACUUGAUUCUGAUCGGUGUGAGCGGAAGUGGCAAGACCACACUGUCCCGUUUCGUGGCUUGGAUGAACGGUCUCAAAGUCUACCAGAUCAAGGUCCAUGGCAAAUAUUCUGGCGACGACUUUGAUGAUGAUCUUCGCGAGGUCCUGCGUCGCUGCGGUUGCAAGGGCGAAAAGAUUUGCUUCAUCAUGGACGAGGCCAACGUUCUCGACUCUGGCUUCCUCGAGAGGAUGAACACAUUGCUCGCCAACGCCGAAGUACCUGGACUAUUUGAGGGUGAUGAGCUUGCAGCGCUUAUGACCGCCUGCAAGGAGGGUGCCCAAAAGCAGGGUCUUCUGUUAGAUUCGCAAGAAGAGCUGUACAAGUGGUUCACGGCACAAAUCGUCAAAAACCUUCACGUGGUCUUCACAAUGAACCCUCCAGAAGGCGGGCUCGCCUCAAAGGCAGCCACCAGUCCUGCGCUGUUCAACCGAUGCGUACUCAACUGGUUUGGUGACUGGUCUGACCAGGCAUUGUUCCAGGUUGGGCACGAGUUGACGCACUCGGUCGACCUGGAUAGAUCAAACUUCCAAGCGCCAGACACGCUGCCUGUCGCUUACCGUGGUCUCAGCCUCCCUCCUUCACACCGUGAGGCGGUGGUCAACUCGAUGGUGCAUGUCCACCAGUCGCUUCACCAGUUCAACGCCAAGCUGCUCAAACAGCAAGGCCGAGUUACCUUCCUCACUCCGCGCCACUACCUGGACUUUGUUGCCCAGUAUGUCAAAUUGUACAAUGAGAAGCGCGAGGACCUCGAAGAACAACAGCGCCAUCUUAACGUCGGUCUCGAAAAACUGCGUGACACGGUCGACAAGGUGCGCGAUCUGCGUGUCAGUCUGGCCGAGAAGAAGACGCAGUUGGAGAAGAAGGAUGCCGAGGCCAACGCCAAGCUGCAAAUCAUGGUUAAGGACCAGCAGGAGGCCGAGCAGAAAAAGGCAGAUUCUCAGGUGUUGCAAAAGUCACUUGGGGAGCAAGAGAAGGACGUCGCUGCUCGCCGGGCGGUCGUCAUGGAAGACCUGAGCAAAGCAGAGCCGGCUGUCGAAGACGCCAAAGCAAGUGUCAGCAAGAUCAAGCGGCAGCAUCUCACGGAAGUCCGAUCCAUGAGUUCACCUCCUCAAGGUGUCAGGCUUGCGUUGGAUUCUGUCUGCACACUGAUCGGUCACAAGGUCACAGACUGGAAGAGCAUCCAGGCUAUUGUUAGGCGAGACGAUUUCAUUGCAAGCAUUGUCAACUUUGACAACGAGAGGCAGAUGACAAAGACUUUGCGCCAAAAGAUGCGUAAUGAGUUCUUGAGCAACCCAGAAUUCACCGUCGAGAAGGUCAACCGAGCCAGUCAUGCAUGUGGUCCCCUGGUGCAAUGGGUUGGCGCUCAGGUCGAGUAUUCAGAGAUUCUUGACCGUAUUGGUCCUCUCCGUGACGAGGUUGCCCGGCUCGAAGAGGCAGCCAUCCAGACGCGCGCCAACGCUCAGGCCGUUGAAAAGAACAUCAACACACUCGAGGAGAAGAUCGCGACCUACAAGGCCGAGUAUGCUGAACUCGUCAGCGAGACGCAGGCAAUCAAGGCAGAGAUGUCGCGUGUUCAGUUCAAGGUCGAUCGCAGUGUCAAGCUUCUGGACAGUCUUUCGUCCGAGAGAGUACGAUGGGAGGAGGGCAGCAAAUCUUUCGAGACACAAAUCAGCACUCUGGUGGGCGACGUCCUGGUCGCCGCCGCAUUCUUGGCCUACAGCGGCCUCUACGAUCAGCAGUACCGCAAGGCUAUGAUGGAGGAUUGGCUUCAUCAAUUGCAAAUGUCUGGCAUCAACAUCAAACAGCACAACCCCGUUACCGAAUACCUAUCGACGGCUGACGAACGCCUGGCUUGGCAAGCAAACUCGCUACCGGUUGAUGACUUGUGUACCGAAAACGCCAUCAUCCUGAAGCGCUUUAACCGCUACCCGCUUAUCAUCGACCCUACGGGCAGGAUCACCGAGUUCCUCACCAAGGAAUGCAAGGAUCGCCGUCUCACCGUGACCAGUUUCUUGGACGACGCCUUCACCAAGCAACUCGAAAGUGCGCUGCGUUUUGGCAACCCUAUCUUGAUCCAGGAUGCAGAGCAUCUCGACCCCAUCCUAAAUCAUGUACUCAACAAAGAGUACCAGAAGACUGGUGGACGUACGCUUAUUCAACUCGGCAAGCAGCAAAUCGACUUUUCGCCCGCGUUUAGGAUUUUCUUGUCUACUCGUGAUCCUUCAGCUACCUUCCCUCCAGACAUCUGCAGUCGGACAACACUCGUCAACUUUACCGUCACGCAGAGCAGUUUGCGGACCCAGACCCUUAACGACGUUCUCAAGGCGGAGAGGCCAGAUGUCGAUGAGCGCCGUUCGAAUCUGCUCAAGCUGCAGGGCGAGUUCAAGGUGCACCUCCGACAGCUUGAGAAACGCCUGUUGCAAGCACUCAACGAAUCCCGGGGCAACAUCCUUGACGAUGACAAUGUCAUCGAGACCCUCGAGACUCUCAAGACGGAAGCAGCAGAGAUCACGGUCAAGAUGGGCAACACCGAGGGCGUCAUGGCCGAGGUGGAGGAAAUCACUCUGCAGUAUGACAUUAUCGCGCGCUCCUGCAGUGCCAUAUUCUCAGUCCUGGAACAGCUUCACUGCCUCAACCACUUUUACCAGUUCUCGCUGCAGUACUUCAUCGACAUAUUCCAUUCGGUCCUACACAACAACAAGAACCUGGCCAACGAGACGAACCAUGUCGCGCGCCGAGACAUCAUCGUCAAAGACCUCUUCGUCGCGGCGUUCCAACGCACGGCCCUUGGCCUACUUCAAAAGGAUCGUGUCACGCUCGCCAUUCUUUUGGCUCAGGCUACACCUUUCAAGAUGGACAGGACACUCAUUGACGUGAUUCUUGACAACCGGGUUGAGGGUAGAGAUGUAUCCACCGACAAGGGAGCCAAGGAUGAGAUAUUCGCGCGGGCAAUGAGACUGCCUUGCCUCAAGGACAGGUUAGAGAAGGUUGGAGAGGACCAGUGGGAAAGGUUCUUCAACGAAGAGCUGGCAGAAUUUGUGGUCCCCGAGAUUUGGGACGACAGCACCGAGACCAACGAUAGAGCGCUUCUGGGACUGGUUCUCGUCAAGCUGUUCCGCCUGGAUCGUUUCGUGCCUGCAGCCGAGCGGUUUGCUGUUUUGGUGUUUGGCAGCGGGCUCUUUGACAUUGUUGAGGACCUCGAGAAGACCGUGGCCCAGGUGCCGCCGACACGCCCAGUCGCUCUUGUCUCCAGCCCUGGUUUCGAUGCUAGCUUCAAGGUCGACUCGCUUGUGCAGCGCAAGGGCGUGCGUUGCAACAACAUUGCCAUGGGUUCCAGCGAAGGUCUUGCCAGCGCAGACAAGGCAAUCAGCAACGCGGCACAAAUGGGCUCUUGGGUCUUGGUCAAGAACGUACAUCUGGCUCCGACAUGGCUGCAGAGCCUUGAGAAGCGGAUGGAGUCUCUCAACCCUCACUCGGACUUCCGACUGUUCCUAUCGAUGGAGUCCAGUCCCAAGAUUCCCGUCAACCUGCUCCGGGCGUCUCGCGUGCUCAUGUACGAGCAGCCCGCUGGUAUAAGGGCAAACAUGAAGGAUUCAAUGUCUUCGCUCUCUCAACGGCCCACCAACAAGGGCCCGGUUGAGCGCGGGAGGCUUUACCUGCUCCUUUCCUUCUUGCAUGCUGUUGUGCAAGAGCGUCUGCGCUAUGCCCCUAACCUUGGAUGGAAAGGAUUCUGGGAGUUCAACGAUAGUGAUUACGAGUGUUCGGCGUAUAUUAUCGACACGUGGGUUGAUGCAGUUGCCAACAACCGCUCCAACAUCGCUCCGCACAACAUACCAUGGGAUAUGAUCCGCAGCCUGAUUACCGAGAUGUAUGGCGGCAAGAUUGACGACGAGGGCGAUUUCAAGAUGCUGGCGCAGCUCAUCCACAAGUUCCUCACACCCGACGCGUACGAAAUCAACCACAAGCUUGUCGAGGGUGUCGGGGAGACCAACAAUGACGGAGGCGAUGCGGCUGGUGACCUUGUGGUGCCGCAGGGCACGUCGAUGCAGGAAUUCUGGGGGUGGAUCCAGGCGCUGCCGGAGCGCGAGCCGCCCACAUAUCUCGGGCUGCCUGCCAAUGCUGAGAAGCUUUUGCUUGUCGGACUGGGCCAAGGCUUGAUUGAUAACGUCAGGAUUGUUACAGACCGGUUGGAGGAAGGAGAGCAGAUGAUGGCGGAGUCGUAG